UAAAAUGUAUUACUAUGGUUGAUACUUAUGUAUACCCAGCUUUUUUACAGCAGUCAUAUGAAGUACCAUGACAGACAGUUUAAUUCUUUUGUGAAGAUGAAUCAAAACCAAAAUGAGUGACAUUUUACUUGUCACAAAUGUAGAUGUACACAAAAGACGCAUCCUCUUUUACUGAUAAUAUUUCAGUGCUUUUACACACAAGUACAAUGCUUAGACAAAAAGUCAAUGUUGAGAUAAGGCACUUUUGAUUUCCAAAAAAUUGAAGAAAAUAAAUUAGAACUCUGUAAAUGUUUUUACACAAUUUAUACCUUCAGUGUAGGAAAUAAUGUGAAACUGAAAUUCAUAUCAGAGAGAGUUAUACAACAUAAUACAAUUUGAAAUAGUGGGGAAAAACUAAAUGUAGAUGAAAGGGGAAAAACAAAAGCAUCAACAUAUGAAAAAGCAUUUUACUGGGUUAGAUUAUGGACAAUUGUACACAAGUAGUCUGGAAGAGAUAGUCAACUUUUGUAAUCAUUAACUAUAUCAUGAAGACUUGGAUUGCAAUGAAUAGCUCUGUUACAAGAGUAGGGUGUAGCUCUCCUCAGAGAAGACAUUCACAUUCAUUUUCUCCUGGCACAGCUCCUUUUGAAAUUCUUCUGAGAUUCAAUAUAGACCAACAUGAGCAUGCCCUUAUCAAAUUUUCCCAUCUUCUGAGCCAUGUUUCUGUGUUAUUUUGGGUAUGGAGAAAUCUAUUCUUUGUGCACUCAGGUAGAGAGCACAGAUUCUGCAGAAACAAGACUAGGAUGGAUUGGGGACUGUGGCUUUGGGGACUGAAACUUUCAUGACCUCAAAUUUGGGAUGUGAAUUUUUGGGAUUGUGACUUUGAGGAUUUUUGACUUUAGAAAUUUUGACGUUGGCAGAUUUCAAUAAUCAGGAUUACAGGUUUCAGGAUUUGUAUCUUUAGGUAUAAUGGUUGGCACUAAAAUAUAUUAAAUAGCAAGCAUUCUUUCUCCACCUUUUUUUUCUUCCUAUGCAGAAUUAAAUUUGGUACCUUCAGGCUAACCAUGGACAACUUAACUUCAGUGAGUGGAUUCCUCCUCAUUGGGUUUUCUGAUGACCGUAAACUUCAGAUUUUACAUGCGCUGCUGUUUUUGGUAACAUAUCUGCUGGCCUUGACUGGCAAUCUCCUGAUUAUCACUAUCACUACCUUGGACCAUCGUCUUCAUUCCCCCAUGUAUUACUUCCUGAAGCACCUCUCUCUUUUGGACCUCUGCUUCAUAUCUGUCACAGUCCCCCAGUCCAUUGCCAAUUCACUUAUGAAUAAUGGUUACAUCUCCCUUGGUCAGUGCAUCCUUCAGGUUUUCUUCUUCAUAGCUAUGGCCUCAUCAGAAGUGGCCAUCCUCACAGUGAUGUCUUAUGACCGCUAUGUAGCCAUCUGUCAGCCACUACAAUAUGAGACUAUCAUGGACCCCCGUGCUUGCAGGCAGGCAGUGGUUGCUGUGUGGAUUGCAGGGGGCCUCUCUGGACUCAUGCACACGGCUGUAAACUUCUCUAUACCUCUUUGUGGGGAAAGAGUCAUUCAUCAAUUCUUCUGUGAUGUUCCACAGAUGCUGAAACUAGCCUGUUCUUAUGAAUUCCUGAAUGAGAUUGCAGUGGCUGCAUUCACAACCUCAACAGCAUUUGCCUGUUUGAUCUCCAUUGUACUCUCCUAUGUUCACAUAUUCUCAACAGUGUUGAGAAUCCCAUCAGCUGAAGGACGGACCAAGGUGUUCUCCACCUGCCUACCACACCUAUUUGUAGUCACUUUCUUCCUCUCGGCUGCAGGCUUUGAGUUUCUAAGGCCUCCUUCAGAUUCCCCAUCAGCUAUGGAUCUCAUGUUCUCCAUAUUCUAUACUGUGAUACCUCCAACACUCAAUCCUGUCAUCUACAGCUUGCGAAACGAAGCCAUGAAGGCAGCUCUGGGGAAGGUACUGUCAAAGGAAGAAUUUGCUCAGAGAAAGAUGUUCUUAAAAGCCAUAUUUAAGCUCUGAGUCUCUAGGCACAUAAAAGGCAUUGAUAGCAUGUUUCACACUGAAGGAGUGAUUGUCUUCACAAGGCUCCUUCCUCCAAACUUUGUAGUUAUUAUGUUCUUCUCAAACAUAAUUCUGCAAAAUGUAUUGUUUAUAAGAAUUUUCAUGUUCCUUCCUUCUUCCAAGUCAAGUGCAAUUUUGAAACAUCUUUUCUCUCAUGGCUUUAAAUACUUCUUUUAGGAAUUAGCUUGAGGCAUGGGUAGUGUAAUUUAAAGUAGAUUUUAUUGUGCCAGGGGAUUUCAACUCAAUCUUACCAAGGAUGCAGGUACCAAUGCCAGCGCACUUGGUAAAGUGAUAAGUAUAAAUACACAACCGAUCAAAAAGAUAGGGUAUGUGUCGAAGAGAUUUAACAAAUAAGACCAGUGUAAGCAAAUAAUGAAGGAUAGAAUUAAAAGGGAGAGAAUGAUCCUGCAGGGGAAGCAGAACACACAGCAGACUCAUAGAAUGGCAAAUGCCCAAAAUAGCACUCCUGCCUCAGAAUCAACCCUUGGGACUUUUGGAUCUGGCUAAAAGGUCCAUGAGAGUCUCACAGGCAUGGAAAGCCAUGACACGGUGGCAAAAAACAAUCUAAAUGAAGGAUCCUGGUGAACAAGACCCCAGCAGAAGGAACAGGCCAUCAAGGAGAGAGGCACCUUUCUCUGAAGGGAGGAAGGAACCUCCACUGUGAUACGGCCUUGGCUAAACAAGUUCAGAGUCGGUGAACUCAAGGGGCUUCCAUAGCCUAGAUAGCUCAUAGCAAGAGUCUCAGGUGAUUGCUGACGUCAUAAAUAAGAGUGCCAAUUGUUAAAUCAACAACAGGAGUCACUGGGUACAUGCUCCCCACGUAGGAUCUCUGUCCUUAAUGUGUUUUACUAUGAAACUUAAAGACAACACUACUAGUCGAACAAUACCUUAUACCUUGUGCGGUUGUGUGAGUGCAGCCUGUUGAAAUCCUUGCUUCAUAUAUAUUAAGUUGAUCUUCAGUAUACGAAGAAGUAACCAGUACUCCAGUGAUAUACAAUGCAUACGCAUGUGAAGAUCCCACCUGAGCCCUCUAUUCCAGUCUGCCGAUCUCUGCCCCUGCUGAUACAG